AUGCCAACCAAAUUCCGUAAAAAUGUUUGGAUAAAAAGAGGGGACUUUGUAUUGGUGCAACCUAUCGAAGAAGGUGACAAAGUCAAAGCUGAGAUGGUCAGGAUUUUAACUAAAGAGCAUAUAAAACAGUUUAAAAAGGACAAUGUGUGGCCAAAAGAGUUUGACAACAGUGAUAAAAAAGAAAGUGACGAGGAAGGACUAUUUGUGAAUACCAACAGAUCAGCUGUUAGUGAUAGUGACUCUGAUUCAGAUGAUGAUGGUACCUGUAACUCGGACGAGGACGAAAGUGGUAGCGGCAGCAGUAACGAAGAAAACUUAUGUAAAUAA